UUUCAUGUUUACAAAAACAGUUUCACACAAUGUACGUGAGUUUUAUUUUCUACUUUAAAUUCUUCAGGUAUAUUCCAUUUUUAUUGAGGGGGAUUUCAAAUGUGAUAAUCGAUAUCUUUUGAAGUCAUGGCGGACAGCAGCAGCACAAGUGUUGAUUUUUGCCGCAAAGAUCGGGCCUGAACAAUCACCAAAAACACGAAAUUAUGAACGUAGACAGGCCACGAUCCGGUAGUUCGCAGAGCAGUGCCAGCAGUACUGACGACACGUUUGAUAGUAGUAUAGGAUCUUCACCAAAUUCUCCUUCCAAAACACGCCAGAGAGCAACAUCAACUGGAACAAUGCCUGUUAACGUAUUGAAGACCACUAAAAACAAAACAAUCUACACGGCUGGUCGACCUCCAUGGUAUGACAGUCAUGGGUCACUCAAGGAGGCGUUUGUGAUUGGUUUAUGUGGUGGAAGUGCCUCAGGUAAAACAACAGUAGCCAAUAGAAUAAUUGAAGCUCUUGAUGUUCCAUGGGUCAGCCUGCUGUCAUUAGACUCAUUUUACAAGGUGCUGAAUGAAGAACAACACAAACAAGCUGCUGAAAAUGAGUACAACUUUGACCAUCCUGAUGCUUUUGAUUACGACCUGCUCAUACAGACACUCAAGAACCUCAAAGAAGGGAAAUGUGUUGAGGUGCCUGUUUAUGACUUCAAUACUCAUGCAAGGAGGAAGGAAACGAAAAUCCUGUAUGGUGCAAAUGUAAUCAUAUUUGAAGGUAUUCUGUCUUUUGCAAAGAAGCCUCUUCUGGAUGUAAUGGACCUGAAGAUAUUUGUAGACACAGAUUCGGACAUCCGCCUGGCCCGGCGCUUACGACGAGACAUUAGCGAGAGAGGAAGGGACAUAGAGGGCGUCUUGAAACAGUACAAUAAAUUUGUGAAGCCGGCAUUUGAGCAGUUUAUUGAGCCAUCUAUUCAGCAUGCUGAUAUUGUGGUGCCAAGAGGAGCAGAAAACGAUGUUGCUAUGGAGUUGAUAGUUCAACACGUGGAUGAUCAACUAGAGAAGCGAGGUCUUAUGUUUAGAUCCAAGCUUUUAGCUGCCCAUGUCAACCAACCCUUGCCAGAUACUUUGUAUGUUGUGGAAAACACAAUCCAAGUUCAAGGCCUUCACACUUUCAUCAGAAAUAAAAACACAUGUCGUGAUGAGUUUAUAUUCUACUCGCAAAGGCUAACAAGAAUCCUGAUUGAAAGUGCAUUGGCGCUGCUACCAUUUGAGGACUGUGUAGUGAACACACCCCAGAACACAACAUACAAAGGCAGGAAAUUCACAGGAAGAUUGGAUGGUGAGCUUUCACAGCUUUGUGGAGUUUCAAUAUUGAGAGCUGGAGAAGUCAUGGAGCCUGCCCUCUGUGAAGUCUGUAAAGACAUCCGACUUGGCAAAAUACUCAUCCAGACAAAUCUUGAAACAGAAGAACCAGAGCUCCAUUAUUUGAGACUACCUAAGGAGAUUGAAAAAGACCAUGUCAUCUUGAUGGAUGCUACCGUGGCAACAGGAGCAGCAGCCAUGAUGGCCAUUAGGGUGUUACUUGACCAUGAUGUCCCUCAGCAAAACAUCAUGUUAUUGUCUCUACUUAUGGCAGAAUCUGGUGUACAUACAGUUGCUUAUGCCUUCCCCAAAGUCAAGAUUGUAACAACAGCAGUUGACAAAGAAGUGAAUGAGAACUUCCACAUUAUUCCUGGAAUAGGUAACUUUGGAGACCGAUACUUUGGUACUAGCACAUAGCACUGGAAGGUCCACCAGGAGCGUGUUACAUGAAGUUCUAUUGGACCCGUCCCAUGAAAUAUGCUAAUCACUUUCACGCAUGCAUACAGACCCUGUUGGUUGGCAAACGCCAUAGAGUUGUGCA